GCAAUAUCACGUUAAUCGUUGUUCUGUCUUUAAAACAAAAGCUGAAUAAACUGAAUUGUGCUUGAGUGGAGGUAGAAGGGAAAAAGUAUAGUCAUGAUGGUGUUUUCCCCGUUGACUGCUUGCGGGAAAUUACGUCAAUGUCGUCGUGGAUUACCCCACGGUACACGACUAUCGCUUACUUAACGGCUCAAAUAUUUAUUCUUUGAAAGUAAGCUUCACACAUCCGAGGAGCCGCAGCGCUACCCACACUGCCUAUGCAAGCUGUGAGAGGCAGUCGUGUAUCAGUAUUCCAAGUGAUUCCCGGUUGCUUCCCUUAUUAGAAAAGCUGCCAGUUCUUUGUGAUAAUAAUUCAAAAUGUGUAUGAUGAUCUUCUAUCGACCAAGCUGCGUGGCCUGUACAACAAGGAGUUUGUCCUUCGGCAUCGGCCUGAUCGGCUCGAUUAUCUCCGUGAUAUUUAUUAUUCUGACAUCCUUCAUGUUGCACGCAAGUAUCACCGAGAACUACGAACAGAAAUUCCUGCCCUUAAAAGGUACGACAGAGGUCGUCAUUGCUGUGUUAACUCUUAGUCUGCUUGCGAUGCCAUGUAGCAUCAUCCUUAUCAUAGGAGUCUGUAAGGAACGCCGUGCUUUGGUUCUCAUGUGGAUGUGUUUACUGGGUAUCCCGAUAGCUCGCGAUAUAACGACCAUCUUCUUCGCAUUAGAGUCCACUGGGAAUAGCUUUUUCAUUGGCCUCUUCCUCUUCGAAAUCUGGUUCUACGUCCUCGGGUUCAUCGUAGUUCGUUCAUACGGCUCGUCGUUAUCCUAUUACUACAACAGUCAGAAGCAGACAGCUUUCGAAAACCUCAAUCCCGAAGUGGACGGAUCCCGGGUAUAAGACGGGACAGGAGCAGGAAAAAGAAUACUUCAAAGUGUAGGCCUUUGUGCGUUCUGUAUAUACGACUGAUGACAUCAUGUUCAUACGCUCUGUGUGUAUCCGUAUGUGUGUCUAUGUGUAUGUAUGAAUAGUGACGUAUUGUAUGUGGGUAGGUACCAACUUAGAUAUAUAUGUAUGUG